CUCACACGCGAAUACAACAAUCAUCUACCAUCGCAUCCGCCUCUUACACCGACUAGAAAAGUCACGGCUAUCACCAACAUCUCGUCGAGACAACACUCCCUGCGUCACAGGCCACCAUGGCCGACAGAUACUCUUUCUCUCUCACCACCUUCUCGCCCAGUGGAAAGCUGGUUCAGAUUGAAUAUGCCCUCAAUGCCGUCAACCAAGGUGUGACCUCACUCGGUAUCAAAGCCGCCAACGGCAUCGUCCUCGCCACAGAGAAGAAGUCCUCCACACCGCUCAUCGAUGCCGCCUCAUCAUCCAAAGUCUCGCUCAUCACGCCCAACAUUGGUAUGGUGUACUCUGGCAUGGGUCCCGACUACCGCGUACUGGUCGACAAGGCGAGAAAGGUCAGCCACACGGGCUACAAGCGGAUAUACAACGAGUACCCACCCACGCGGAUAUUGGUGCAGGAUGUGGCGCGAGUGAUGCAAGAGGCGACACAGAGUGGAGGAGUGCGACCUUAUGGCGUGAGCUUGCUGAUCGCGGGGUGGGAUGAUGGUAUUGAGCCGGAGCAGGAAGAGCAGAAGGCGGCGGACGACAUGGCGGUGGACGGCGAGAAGAAGAAGCCAUCGGGCAAGACGGGCGGUAUCCUCAAGGGUGGUCCCAGUCUCUACCAAGUCGACCCGAGUGGAAGCUACUUUCCCUGGAAGGCGACUGCGAUCGGAAAGAGCGCCACAAGCGCGAAGACGUUCCUCGAGAAGCGGUACACUGAGGGCUUGGAGUUGGAGGACGCCGUGCACAUUGCGCUGCUUACGCUGAAGGAGACGAUCGAGGGCGAGAUGAACGGAGACACGGUCGAGAUUGGUAUCAUCGGCCCACCAGCAGAUCACCUCCUCGGCUACGAGGGCGUAGAAGGCGCCACAGGUCCACGAUUCAGGAAGCUCAGUCCGCAAGAGAUCGAGGACUACCUCACCAACUUGUAGUAGUACACGACCAUGGCAUAUGCGGCGUUGGCGAAGCAGAAGUAUUCGCUGGGAUACAGGAAGCAAAGCUGUACGAAAUACCUAGCAUGGCGAUGAAUGAAUUCGACUCGCAGCCGACCUGUGUGCACGCGAGGAUGCUACU